UCGAAUGGCGAGUGUGACAGGAAGCUGGAGCGACCGCGCAAGAAAUCCGCCGAUCCCUCCUAAUUCCGGUAGUGGAGUUUGCAUGAUGAAUACAUCAUGGAGGGAUAACCAGCAUCCAUCCUUCAUUCUCUUCAUUUCAUCCUUCCUUAGUGCAAAUUCAUACCGUCUAAACUUCCUACCCAUAGCCCCUGAUUUCAUAUUCAACAAUGGCGGACUGUCGGUUGCUUUUAUUUUCGUAAUGAAUUGGGACUCUGAUAACGGAUCUGCU